GAAAGGAAUAAUUGCAUACUUUUCCUUUAGUUUUAGGGUUUACAUUUUGUCAGAAAGAGGCUAAACAUUUUUUAGUUUCACCCCUGCUGCCCUGCUGUUGUCUUACUUUGGCGAGGUAUCCGACUAGGUUAAAGGGUAGUAUGCUUGCUAAGAAAUUCUAUGCCUCGUUUGCGGUCUUUAUAGGUUGUGUAACGUUGGUGUUCUCUCCAAAGGAAACCUAAAAAAUUAGCCCAUCAUUGGAAGUAGCUAUGCUACCCACUGGGGCAAAAGAUUCCCAACUCCGUGAGAGCAACAGCCAGAAGGUCCACCCACAACCUAUGGAAGAGGCCAUGAAUCAGAAUCCUGAAGCUGUGGAGGCCCUGAUAUCCAAGAUUUUUACCAACAUUUCCUCUUUGAAAUCAGCUUACAUACAACUGCAAGCUGCUCAUACUCCCUAUGACCCUGAUAAAAUCCAAGCUGCUGAUAGACUUGUAAUUUCUGAGCUGAAAAACCUAUCUGAACUCAAGCACUUUUACAGGGAAAAAAACCCCAAGCCAGUAUGUGUUUCCCCACAGGACUCCCGCUUAGCUGCAGAGAUCCAGGAACAACAGAGCCUGCUGAAAACCUAUGAGGUUAUGGUAAAGAAAUUUCAGUCUGAAAUUCAGAAUAAAGAUUCUGAGGUUCUUCAGUUGCAGCAGCAGAUUGAUGAGGCAACCCAGAGGCGGGCGAAAUUGGAGAAGAAUCUUAAGCUCAGGGGCUUGUCAACAAAAGAAUCAGAAGGUUCCUCAGAUGAAAAUGGAUUUUUGCCUGUAGAUUUAUCCCCUGAUCUGUUUACAUCUGCCGUCGAAGCUACUUUCAAAGCCAUUCAUGAUUUUUCUAAGCCGUUGAUCAACAUGAUGAAAGCAGCUGGGUGGGAUCUUGAUGCUGCUGCAAACUCAAUUGAACCUAAUGUCAUUUAUGCAAAAAGAGCUCAUAAAAAAUAUGCUUUUGAAUCCCACAUAUGCCAAAGAAUGUUCAGUGGGUUUCAGCAAGCAAGCUUCUGUGUCAAAUUGGAUGAUCUCACGGUCACUAAAGACAGCUUCUUCCACCAAUUUCUUUCUCUAAGGGAGAUGGAUCCAUUGGACAUGCUAGGCCAAAAUCCAGAUUCCAUUUUUGGGAAAUUUUGCAGGAGCAAGUACCUAGUGGUAGUCCACCCAAAGAUGGAGGCUUCAUUCUUUGGAAAUUUAGAUCAGAGAAAUUAUUUAAUGGGGGGUGGGCAUCCAAGGACUCCGUUUUACCAGGCUUUCCUAAAACUUUCAAAGUCAGUCUGGCUUUUGCAUAGGCUGGCUUAUUCAUUUGAUCCCAAUGUUAAGGUCUUUCAGGUUAAGAGAGGGACCGAGUUCUCGGACGUCUAUAUGGAAAGUGUUGUGAAGAAUUUGGUUGUGGGUGACGGUGAUGAAAAGCCAAAGGUUGGGCUAAUGGUUAUGCCUGGUUUCUGGAUUGGGGGCAGUGUGAUUCAGAGUCAAGUUUAUCUCUCGGGCAUGAAGGUUGCUGAAUGACUUGGAAUGUAUAUGCAAACCUCUGUUCAGAUGUGUAAGCGUUGUGUUUGAUAUUGUUGUCUGUGUGUUGCUUUUCCUAUAUUGUAUUGUGUUUGUGUGUAUCUUCUGCAAUUGUGAUAACUGAUUGGUAGAUGGGAAUGAGCUGUUAAUUUCCUGCGUGCA